CCCAGCCAGCGAGGCGGCCAAGCGACGGCCAUACGCUAGUCUAGGCCAGCGCGACUGCACACAGACGUGUCCAGCGCCACACAGCAGCGGACGAAUCUCAAAGUUCGGCCAGGUUCCCCGCUCGCUGUCGCCUUUGAGCUUCAUCGCUGGAGGAGCCAAGCAGCGCCAUACGCCGCCGCAGCGGCCGACAAACAAAGGAAAGAUGCGCCCCAUCCUCCUCAAGGGCCACGAGCGCUCCAUCACCUGCGUCGUCUACAACCGGGACGGCGACCUGAUUUUUACCGCCGCAAAAGACGGGAGGCCCACGUUAUGGCUUAGUGAAGACGGGACGCGCGUCGGCACGUACGAAGUGCACAAUGGUGCGGUGUGGCACUUGGAUGUGUCCUGGGACUCGAAGUUACUCGUGUCUGGAUCGGCGGACAUGCACGCGAAGGUCUGGGACGUGGAAACGGGUUCGGAAUUAACGACUUUCGAACACACGGGAAGUGUCCGAAAUUGUACGUUUGAUGAAAGCGGCCGACGUAUUCUCGUGCACUGCGACGCCUUCGGUGGCUUAGAUCAAAAUAGGCCUCCCUUGGUGAGCAUCUACGAGAACGAGCCCAUGUGGGGCGAUGUCACAUCGUGGAGAAGGGCCGCGCAGUUCCAACUACCGCACCCGGAGGCCGGCGAGGUCAAGUGUCAAUUGGUGAGAUGGUUACCCUUGGGGAAACAGAUCCUUUGUGCUUUUGAAGAUGGUAUGAUGAAAAUUAUGGACUCGAUGUCCUUUUCUACCGUCAAAGAAAUCCAGGCCCACGACAACAAGAUCCAGUGCUUGUCGUACAACCUGCACCAGACCUUUUUGCUGUCGGCUUCCACAGAUCACACGUGCAAGAUGUGGGACCUGGAAACGUGGGAUUGCGUGAAGACGUAUAGAUCUGAUAGACCUCUGAACGCUUGCGUCUUCUCUCCCACCAAGGAACAUGUAUUAUUGGGUGGCGGCCAGGACGCCAUGUCCGUGACCACCACAGCAGGCAGACAAGGGCGCUUCGAAACGCAGUUUUAUCACCUCGCCUACGAGGAGGAGUUCGGCCGCGUCAAGGGCCACUUCGGGCCGAUCAACGCGUUGGCCAUCUCGCCGCUGGGCAAGUCCUACUGCUCGGGCGCGGAGGACGGCUAUAUUAGGUUGCACCACUUCGACGCGGACUACCUCGACAUGAAGGACCCCGUGCCCGAGGACGAGCCGGCCGCGGAGUAAGUGCGCGGUUCAG